AUGGCUGCUGAGCUUACAACAACGAAGCUCAACGCUGAAAGCCACCUCCUACUUGAUCAACCGCUUCUCAGACUCCCCCACGAACUCGUCCGGCGCAAUUUCAAGACAAGUCAAAGGUAUGUCGAGCGAGAGAAGGAAUACCUUCUUCCCGCCCUCAAAGACUCGGCAAACGCAUCACUCGCUUCCGCCACCACUCCCGAGCAGACUCUCGCCUCGCUUGAUGCCAUGAUCUCUCGGAUGCAGAACUUCAAGAGGAAAUUACAGACCCUGCACGACGAAGAGCAGGCCAUCCAGGCUCAAACGAAAAAGAGGAUACAGCAUCUGCAAGAUCUUUACGACAUACCCAGUCUAGCAGAUGUCAAAUAUGAUGAGUGGUCCAGAAUACGCUUGGACAGACUACUCGUCGACUACCUGCUUCGCGCGGGCUACUCGAAGUCAGGAGAGAGGCUCGCCAAGGAGAAGGGUAUUGAGGAUUUAGUAGACUUGGAUGUAUUCGUGCAGUGUCAGAAGAUCGCCGACAGCCUGAACCACGGAGAGACGAAAGAGGCCCUCAUAUGGUGUUCAGAGAACAGGACGACUUUGAAGAAACUUGGACAAAACAACCUCGAGUUCGAGCUCCGGCUGCAGCAGUACAUCGAGAUGAUCAGAAGUCGGGUUCCGGCCAAAGUUCUCGAAGCAACGCUGCACGCCCGAAAAUAUCUCGUCCCAUACCAAGCAACCCACAACGAGGAGAUCUGCAGAGCAAGUGCUCUGCUCGCCUACUCGCCCGAGAACUUCGACGCCAUGCCAGAGGCAUACAAGGAAAUGUACUCCCACGCCCGCUGGCACCACCUCUCCACCCUCUUCAUCUCAACCCACCACACCCUAAUCUCACUUCCCACCCGACCCCUCCUUCACAUCGCCCUCUCAGCCGGCCUUUCCGCUCUCAAAACCCCCGCCUGCCACUCCGCCUACGCCUCCUCAUCCUCCAACUCGCACUCCACCACCACAAAGGUCUGCCCGAUCUGCUCCACCGAGCUCAAUGAACUAGCGCGUAACGUCCCCUACGCGCAUCACACCAAGAGCUAUGUGGAGAGCGACCCGAUCGUGCUGCCAAAUGGACGGAUAUAUGGGAGGGCGAGGUUGGAAGAUCUGCAGAGGAAGCUGGUAGGUGGGGCUGGGGAGGUGAGCGGGGCCGAUGUGAGAGAUCCGACUACCGGGGAGGUGUUUAAGUGGGAGGAGGUUAAGAAGGUUUAUAUUUCAUAG